GUAGAAUUACUGUCGGAGGUCAGCAAACAAAAAAAAAGCAUUCGUGUUCCUGAGCUUCGGGCGUAAGGAACUGGAGCAUCAGCCAUGCAUCCGCUCCGACCGCGGUAUAUUUAUCUAUGCCUGCAGUUCGUUUUGCUGUGUUUACACGCGCAGGGGGAGAAUCAAUCGUCUCCUAAUUUUAAUCAGCACGUCAGAGAUCACGCCCGGAACACCGACCAACUGAGCAGGAGACACAUCCGCGUUUACCAGCUGUACAGUCGCACCAGCGGAAAGCACGUCCAGAUCCUCGGCAAGAGAAUCAACGCAACCGCUGAAGAUGGCAGCAAAUAUGCCAAACUACUGGUGGAAACGGACACGUUCGACAGUCGAGUGCGUAUUCGGGGCGCGGAGACGGGACAUUACAUUUGCAUGAACAGAAGAGGGAAGCUUGUUGGAAAGCUGGUCGGCAAGGGCAAGGACUGCAUUUUCACGGAGAUAUUGCUGGAAAAUAACUACACAGCAUUGAGGAACACCAAAUAUGAAGGAUGGUACAUGGCAUUCACCAGGAAAGGCCAGCCCAGGAAAGCAACCAAGACCAGGCAGAACCAGAGAGAAGUCCACUUCAUGAAAAGACUGUUCAAAGGGGAGCCUCUCUUCCCCAACCGCGACCGACAAAGGCACUUUGAGUUUGUAAAUUACCCCGUCACCAAAAGGUCUCGAAGGACGCGACUUCCAUAA